GAGGCUGAUAUCACCAAGUUCCCAUUCACUCCUGUUACUGUGAAGAGUGAACAUGAUGAAGAGGAAGGGCUUCAACAGAGACAGACUGAACACAUGGAAACAGAAGCUGAUGGAGAGGACUGUGGAGGACCAGAACCAGCCAGGAACUCACCUCCACAUCCAUUUUUUCAACCAGAGACUGACGACAGCGUCGACAGCGAUGUUUGGAAGGACGCCAGCGAACGUCGGUCAGGUUUAAACUCUCUGGAACGUGAGGAAGUUCCCAUCGGUGAUGACAAAGAGUCGUUGAGCUGUUUUGAGUGUGGGAAAAGAUUUGGAACAAAGCAACAUCUGAAGAGACACAUGAAGUCUCACACGGGAGAAAAAGCUUUCAGCUGCUCGGUUUGCGGUAAAAUAUUUAUACAGAAGGUGCAACUGACGGAGCACAUGAGAACGCACACGGGCGAAAAGCCUUUCAGCUGUUCGGUGUGUCAGAAAGCGUUUGCACGCAGGCAGCAUUUACAGAGACACGCAAUGAUCCACACGGGAGAGAAGCCUUUCAGCUGCUCGGUUUGCGAUCAGGCAGUUUUGAGCAAAGAACACCUGAAGACGCACAUGAGGACGCACACGGGCGAGAGACCGUUCAGCUGCUCGGUGUGCGGCAAAGCUUUCAUCGGAAGUGGGAACCUGAAAAGACACAUGAGGAAUCACACGGGGGAAAAGCCUUUCAGCUGCUCGGUGUGCGACAAAAGCUUCGGACAGAAGGUGCAACUGACGCAGCACAUGAGAGUCCACACGGGAGACAAGCCCUGUGUCUGCUCGGUUUGUGAUCUGAGGACUUUGAGCGAGGCGCAUCUGAAGGUGCACAUGAGAACGCACACGGGGGAGAAGCCGUUUAGCUGCUCGUUUUGCGGCAAAGGUUUCACCCAGGCGGGGAACCUGACGCACCACAUGAGAGUCCACACGGGGGAGAAGCGAUUCAGCUGCAGCGUUUGUGACAAGACGUUUGCCUGGCUGAGUCAGGUCAAAACUCACAAAUGUGUCGGUCGUCCGUGCUCGCAGCAAACUCAAACGGAGGAGGACAGAGAGGCAGAGCCUCCAGCCAGCAGAGAAACUCAACACAUGGAAACACAAGCUGAUGGAGAGGACUGUGGAGGACCAGAACCAGCCAGGAACUCACAUCCGCAUCCACUUUUACAACCAGAGACUGAAGACCAGACUGGAGACUCUUCUGAACCUGAGACUGAUGACCGUGAUUUUUUGAAAGAGAGCAGGGCGUGUCUGUCAGGUUUAAACUCUCUGAAACAUAACGAAGUCUCUCAGAGCGAUGAAACAUUUGACAACACUCCCCUGCAGAUCGACAGGAGUCAAACGGGAGAGGGACAUUUCACAGAAGCAGGAAGUCUGAGGCGACACAUUAAAGAGGAACAGGAGGACCUGUGGAGCAGUCAGGAGGGAGAGCAGCUUCAAGAGCUGGAACGGGCUGAUAUCACCAAGUUCCCAUUCACUCCUGUCCCUGUGAAGAGUGAAGAUGAAGAGGAAGCUCAGUCCUCACAGCUUCAUCAGAGACAAACUCAACACAUGAAAACAGAAGGUAAUUGUGACGUUUUGAAGGACAGCGGAGAACCUCCGUCAGGUUUGAGAAGUCAUGUGACUGUGUGUUGAUGAGAUCACACAGCAAAUGUUAACGCUUAUAGACAAAUAAUCAGUGCAACUGUCUUC